GAAACAGAAAGACAGAAAGAGAGAGAGAGAGAGCUCCUUCCUCCGCUCAUACCGAGCGCUCCGGAGACAGAGACAGUCACAUAUCAGAGUCCGCAACUUGUUCUUCUGUGGCAACCAUCAGAGGGGAAGGGAAAUAAUAAUGGCACGGAUUUAUAAAGGUUAUUAAAUACGCGGGCAGCGAUCGGCAUGGAAAUACACAAUCAGGCGAUGAGAAGUUGUUUCAUCCGGCUGAUCGUGUGAGCGCUGCUGCCGGCUUCCAGCAAGAAAACUCAUGGUGUACGUAGAGGAGAUGGGCGAAUCUCCACCAACCACCAUGGAUAUCAGUUUAUGGACAUUUUCCCAUUCCAAACUGUGGCAUAAGAACGGCUGCUGCUUAUGUCGUUGAGCUCUAACACUGGGCAUAGUUGCUCUGGACACCAUGACACAGAUGGACUACAAGUACAGCCUGCUUGGCUCCACUGUGGAUGAUUACCGCAAGAGGCCGCUGCUCCUGCAGGUGGACAACACGCCUAUGAACUUGUUUGCGGUUCUCGAAGUGAAACGCGAUCUAACGAGACGCUCAAGCACUGUUGGAUGCAAGAUCCGCCUGUACGGCUUCCUGUUCGUCCUAGCCAUCAUGUUUCUCAUAAUGGCAUCAUAUGUUUUGACAGGGGACAAGAAGGGCCUUCUCCUUACGCCGUCCCCUUACCACCUCAACAGCUUGGUCAGUCCUGGACCCUUUGCCUUUAACCUCUCUUCAGUGGGGGACUAUGCACAUAUAAAACUGGUGGUGAAAUCCAUCAAAUCCAAGGUGGAGUUUCGGACCCAAAGACAAUGUCCUGACCGUAAAGCACUGAUGAGGAGCGAUCCACAUAUGUUUUCUGUCAUCCCACCCAACUUCCUGCCUGGUAUCAAGAACCCCUGCUGGUAUGAGGAAUUCACUGGGAAUAUUACCACAGAUCCAUAUAAGACAAAUUUGUACGGACGCUAUUCCAGGCGCUUCCGGACAGUUUUCCAGCACCUGAGGAGCACUUUCCAUCACCAUCUGUUACAUCGCAACAGGACACUCUACCGCAUGCGGUGCCUCCCCUAUUUUUACAUUAUUGGUCAACCAAAGUGUGGCACAACAGACCUGUACGACAGAUUGCGGUUACACCCAGAUGUAAAGUUCACCACUUUCAAAGAGCCACACUGGUGGACCCGGAAGAGGUUUGGUAUCAUUCGUCUCAGUGAGGGUUUGCAUGAUCGGUACCCAGUGGAGGACUAUCUUGACCUGUUUGAUCAGGCUGCUUACCAAAUCCAGGGUGAGCUAAUUGCAAACACCAGCGGAUCACCCAGCCACCCAAACGUUAUCAUGGGAGAAGCGAGUGCCUCCACCAUGUGGGAUAACAACGCCUGGGUGUAUUUCUAUGACAACACCACAGAGGGAGAGCCACCGUUUCUCAUCCAGGACUUUAUCCAUGCCCUACAGCCAGAGGCUCGGUUCAUCAUUAUGCUCAGGGAUCCAGUGGAAAGGCUUUACUCUGACUACCUGUACUUUGGAAUUGCCAAUAAGUCUGCGGAGGAUUUCCAUGAGAAGGUGUCAGAGUCCCUGCAGCUAUUCGAGGGGUGCCUUAUGGAAUACACAAUGCGCUCCUGUGUGUACAACACCACUGUCAACAAUGCAAUGCCAGUGAGACUGCAAGUUGGCCUUUACGUUGUAUACCUAAUUGACUGGCUGACUGUCUUCAGCAGACAACAGAUUCUGGUCCUGAGACUGGAAGACCAUGCCUUCGACAGGAAAGACACAAUGCAUAAAGUCUUUGAUUUUCUUAAUCUUGGGCCACUGUCAAAAGAAAUAGAAUCACAAAUCACAAAAAGUCCAGCAUCAAACACCAGGAGACCAGCUGACAAGAACCUGGGACCCAUGCUGCCUAUAACUAAAGAAAUUCUGCAGGACUUCUACAAACCAUUUAAUGAGAAACUGGCAAAAGUGCUGCAAAAAGAGUCCUUCCGCUGGGAAAAUAAUUCCGAACUCUGAACGAACUUCUUUCAACAAGAAGGAAGAAUGCAGAACCCCAUUUUUGGCUUUAUCUCUUUUAAGUGCCCAUAGAAAAAUCAAAGUAUUUUAAUGUAAAUUAUUUUUAAGUUAUAAGAGCAGAGAUGAAUCAAAGAUAGAAAAUAACAGCACAAGCAACUGUGGCGUUUUUGUGUGAUUGUGUGCGAGAGAGGAAGAAUGAUAGACUGUAAGUGAUGCUGGGAGAUCUUUGCUUCUGUGUUUUAUGUCCAGACAUAUAAAAUUAAAUUGUGAAUUUCAAGUAUGGAACAUAA